AUGAUUGGCGCUGUCGUGUCGGUUUCGCCGGUUGAACCUGACCCCGACAUCCGCAACGUCCUCGACCGCAUAGAGCGCAGCGGUGGCGCGCGGACGCUCGGCGCUCAGCGACCCCUGCUUUGUGGGCGCUCUUCUUAUGACUCGGCGCCGACGUUCAAGUGUAGCGCAUUUGCGUGCUAUGAGUUGCACGAUGUAUUCCAAGUGUGA